AUGCCGCAGCGAGUGGCGCUCGAAGGCGCCGGCGCCCCGCUUUGGAGCGCCCAGCCCCAAACAACCCGUCCGACCAGAGUUCUGGAGUUCAUCCCUGACCCGGCAGCGGUGCCGCUGACACGCCUCGCUCUAGCACUAGUCGCCCAGCCCCACCAGCAAGGCUGGCAGUACGAUGCGGCGCCGCGCCAGCAUCAGCAACAGCCUCAGCAGCAGUCCCAGCAGCGGCGCGAGCAGCAGCAGCAGCAGCAGCAGCAGCAGCAGCAGCAGCAGCAGCAGCAGAGUGAGCCACUCCGCCACUACCAGCUGCAAUACCACCACACCUCGCGGCUGCAGCAGGAGCAAGAAGCUCAGCAGCAGAUGCCAUCCACGGGCAGCUUCGACCAUGCGCACGGGGGCUGCAAGCCAUGCCUGUUCUUCGCACUGGCAGUAUGCUGGAAGGGGCAGGACUGCACGUUCUGCCACUUCCAGCACAACUCCAGGGACCUCAAGCGCGUCCGCCCCUCCAAGAAGACGCGCAGCUGGCUGGUAGAGCGGGGCAAUCUGCUGCAGCUGGAGGAGGACCAGCCCGAAGAGCAGGCGCAGCCCAGCCGUGGCAGCCAGGCGCAGCUGCCGCGGGGCCGCCACCGCGGAGCGCCGGCGCGGCCGCUGCCGGGCCCCACCCACACGGCGGCAGCGGCCGCCCGCCCCCAGCGCUGCGCCCACGGCCAGAGAGCCGGGCCCGGCCUCGAGCGUGCCGGGCGCGCGCAGCCGCCGUCUGCCGGGGGCCCGCGGACGCUCGCGGGCGAGUUCGGGCCCAGCACCACCGUGAGCCUCUGAAGCCGGGAGGUUCGGGAGCCUGGAGACGGUAGCCUCGAUGCAAACGGGGGUCGGGUCAGCUAGAGCGCCGGAUCCUGCAGGAUGCUGCAGAGUCAGGGCUGCUCUGGCCCGGGCUUGCGUGCAGCAUCCAGCUGGAUCCUGUAAAGCCCGACUGGCAUGGGUGUGGGUUGACCCGGGUCAGUAGAUCCCCGAGAGGUCAGUUCUAGGCCUCUCUGAUGAGCGGCGCAGCAGGGCGGGGUCGUCUUUGCCGGCAUUGGCGCGCAAGCUGCCCAGAGUGGCGUCCCGCGCUGGCGGGCCACGUAAGCCGCGGGGUAAGGUCGCUAUGUCCCUUUGCGUAAGAGCCGUUUCUUUUCCGUCGCUCAGAUGAGGUCCGAGUCGAUGGGAUCGCAGGAUCGCGCUGCAUCGCCGAUGCACCGGCGAUGCGGCUCGAUGUGGAGC